AUGGGUGAUUGGAGCUCAUUGGGGAAGUUGUUGGAGAGUGCUCAGGAACACUCCACUGUGGUGGGGAAGGUGUGGCUCUCUGUGCUCUUCAUCUUCAGGAUCCUGGUUCUGGGAGCAGCAGCAGAGAAGGUGUGGGGUGAUGAGCAGUCAGGUUUCACCUGUGACACCAAGCAGCCUGGCUGUCAAAAUGUCUGCUAUGACCACACCUUCCCCAUCUCACACAUCCGCUUUUGGGUCAUGCAGAUCAUCUUUGUGUCAGUUCCCACGCUCAUAUACCUGGGACACAUCCUGCACCUGCUGCGUAUGGAGGACAAGCAGAAGCGUGUGGAUAAGGAUGGAGUUGGGAAAGCGGGAAAAGUAGCAACAACAAUUCGGGAUGAACAGGGAAAGAUCAGGUUGCAGGGAGCUCUGCUUCGCACGUAUGUGCUCAAUGUCAUUUUCAAAACACUGCUGGAGGUGGGCUUCCUGGUAGCACAGUACUUCCUGUAUGGCUUUGAGCUCAAGCCCAUGUACACAUGCAGCAGCUGGCCAUGUCCCAAUACAGUAAACUGCUACAUCUCACGCCCUACAGAGAAAACCAUCUUCAUCCUGUUCAUGCUAGCUGUAGCAUGUGUGUCACUUCUCCUAAAUUUGGUGGAGAUGUACCACCUUGGCUUCACCAAGUGUCGACAGGGUCUCCGCUUUCGCCAUUCGAUCUCUGACUCUUCCUCCAAGACGCCUAGUGAGGAAGCUGUCAUUCCAUUUGUUGCCAGUUACCCCUAUUUCCCUGCCCAUGCCCCACCCCCUGAGCCUCAGUACAAACUCCCAGACACUGACGGCUCAUUUCCCGCGUACGGCAGUCGCUCUGCCCACAAACAGAACAACGAUAACCUUGCCGUAGAGCGCAUCACCACAGAGACCAAAGCUGACCCUGCAGAAACCAAACCUGAUGAAACCAGGGUGAAGAAAACCUCAAGUUCUGCCCCCGGAUCUCCGUAUUACCAGCGCAGGCCGAGCUAUGCUAGUCGCUAUAGCAACAAUAAGAGCAGACUGGACGAUCUGAAAAUUUGA